UGUAAUUAUGGUAAUAUUGAAUGGUGGUCAUUUUUUAUUAUAACAAAUGAGUUUUACUGUUAGCACAUCGGGAGUCAGCAUGUAGAUUCAGUCUUGUGAAAAGACGAGCAUUGUUCAACCAUGAGAAAUGAUAAUAGUAGUAAUUAAAGUCCUGAGUUAACUCUUAGGCAGAUUUGUAUUGCAAGAAUACAAAAAGGAUUGUUGUGGUUCAAAAAUGGAGAACUAAAGAGUUGGUGGUCUGAGAAUGAGGAAGGAGAGAGAAGAAUUUGGAGACUGUAUUUGGGUUAGGAUUCCAUUUUCCUUACCAGUAGAUAAGAUUAUUGUCUAUGGAGAAACAGGCAUAUUUAUAGAAGACUGGUAAAGUUUUUUGUGCUUUUGAUUUCCUCUUCACAGUUUUGAAGAAGUACAUGGAAAAUACUUAUAAGAAAAAAGCGAUCUUCAGUAGACGGGAAGGUCUUCCAUGUAUUGCACCACUACUAACCACGGUGGAGGAGACUCCACAGAUCAUCUCUGCUCAAGUUCGAGGACAUUUUCCUAAGUGGCUCAAUGGCUAUCUACUUCGAAUUGGACCCGGGAAAUUUGAGUUUGGGAAGGAUAAGUACAAUCACUGGUUUGAUGGAAUGGCUUUGCUUCACCAGUUCAGGAUGGAGAAGGGCACAGUAACAUAUAGGAGCAAGUUUCUACAGAGUGAUACAUAUAAGGCCAACAGUGUUAAUGAUCGAAUUGUGGUCUCAGAAUUUGGCACACUGGCUCUCCCCGAUCCAUGCAAGAGUAUUUUUGAACGUUUUAUGUCAAAGUUUGAACAGACUGCAAUAACUGACAACACCAAUGUCAACUAUGUGCGGUACAAGGGUGAUUACUACCUUAGUACUGAGACCAACUUUAUGAAUAAAGUGGACACUGAAACCUUGGAAAAAACAGAAAAGGUAGACUGGAGCAAAUUUAUUGCUGUGAAUGGAGCAACUGCACAUCCUCAUUAUGACCCAGAUGGAACAGCAUACAACAUGGGAAACUCCUAUGGGCGACGCGGUUCUUGCUAUAAUGUUAUUCGAGUUCCUCCAGAGAAGGUGGACCUUGGAGAGACUAUCCAUGGAGCCCAGGUGAUAUGUUCUAUUGCCUCUGCAGAGAGGAUGAAACCUUCUUACUACCAUAGCUUUGGAAUGACAAGAAACUAUAUAGUCUUCAUUGAACAGCCUCUAAAGAUGAAUCUGUGGAAAAUCGUCACUUCCAAAAUUCGGGGAAAGGCCUUUUCAGAUGGAAUAAGCUGGGAACCCGAGUACAAUACACGAUUUCACGUGGUGGAUAAGCACACUGGACAGCUUCUUCCAGGGAUGUACUACAGUAAACCUUUUAUUACUUUUCAUCAAAUCAAUGCCUUUGAGGACCAGGGCUGUGUUGUAAUUGAUUUGUGCUGUCAAGAUAAUGGAGAAAACCUAGAAGUUUACCAACUACAGAAUCUUAGGAAAGCUGGGGAAGGGCUCAAUCAGGUCUAUAAUUCAGUAGCCAAAUCUUUCCCUCGAAGAUUUAUUUUGCCUUUACAUGUCAGUUUGAAUGCCCCUGAGGGAGUGAAUCUCAGCCCAUUGUCCUAUUCUUCAGCCAGUGCUGUGAAACAGCCUGACGGAAAGAUUUGGUGCUCUUAUGAAAAUCUACAUCCCGAGGACCUAGAGGAGGAAGGAGGUAUUGAAUUUCCCCAGAUCAACUAUGGCCAAUUCAGCGGCAAAAAGUAUCAUUUCUUCUAUGGCUGUGGCUUUCGACAUUUGGUGGGGGAUUCUCUGAUCAAGGUUGAUGUGGUGAACAAGACACUGAAGGUUUGGAGAGAAGAUGGCUUUUAUCCCUCGGAACCUGUUUUUGUUCCCGUACCAGGAGCCAGUGAAGAAGACAGUGGGGUUAUUCUCUCUGUGGUGAUCACCCCCAACCAGAAUGAAAGCAAUUUUCUCCUAGUCUUGGAUGCCAAGAACUUUGAAGAACUGGGCCGAGCAGAGGUGCCUGUGCGAAUGCCUUAUGGGUUCCAUGGCACCUUUGUAACCAUCUGAUGGAACAACCACAACGUCUGGGAGCUAAGUUCAAAAUGAAUGUGCUCUGUACAGAAGAGAGAGCAAAAGGGGCACUUUACCUUCCAAACCAUAGACAUCUGGUUUUUAAAUUUCUAUUAAAAAUAGAAUUCAUGAGAUAAUUAUGGUUUUAUAUUUUCUUGGGGGUCUUCCUUGAAAACAUUGAGCAAGUGUUGACACAACCUUUUGAAGAGAGUUUUAAAUUUAUAUUUACUGGAUAUAUCUUCCUCUAGGUAAUAUGAAUACAUGAAAGAAAAACUAGAACUGGGUCAUUACCAGCACCAGAUAUAUGGGUGACAGAGGUCCUCACACUUAGUGGAAUAAAUACAAAUAAUCAUAGAUAGUAGAAUAUGAAUAUAGAUCUGAAUAGUACCGUGUAUUUUCCAUCACAGCCUGCCUGUUAUCGCUGGUCCUAAGGUACUCACAGAGGACAGGCAGCCGACUAUGUCAUGCUUGGAGGCUUCUUCUAAACUGGCUGUUUCUCUCCUGUCCACGCAGACGCCACUGCAGUUGAACCCCCACUACCACCUCCCA